CCAUUCUACACCAUACUACCCUUUGUUGUGUUCUGCACUCUACUUUAUCAGGCUUACAUCGAACAUGACUAUCGACUUUGACACACCAGCUGACAAGGUCAUGCCACCUGCCAGCCUGGCUCAUGUCGUGCUGCGGACAGCGCAAUUCCCCGAGAUGAACGAGUUCUAUAAGACCUUUUUGGGCGCGUACGCGGUCUAUGAGAGGGAAAACCUGUCAUUCCUCACUUAUGAUGAAGAACAUCAUCGAAUUGCCCUAUUUCAAGUUCCAGGCACGACACCUAAAGUGAAGAAAAGCUCGGGACUCGAACACAUCGCCUUCACUUACAAGACACUGGAUGACUUGGCUCUGGCCUACCGCCAACGUAAACAAAAAGAUAUUAUACCAUCGUGGUGUGUCAACCAUGGACCGACCACUUCGAUCUACUAUGAAGACCCCGAUGGCAAUACCUUAGAGACACAGGUUGAUAACUUUAAUUCACCGGAAGAAGCGACUGCUUUCAUGGAGUCUAAAGAAUUUUUGGAGAAUCCAUUCGGAACAGACUUUGACCCUGAACACCUCAUUAACCGACUCAGAUCUGGGGAGCACCACGAUUCGAUCAAAAAACGGAUCGAGAUAGGGCCUCGAGGAGUACCUGCUCACGCCGCAUAAUCGAAGAAGGGCUACAAGAAGAUGGCUCGAGGGGUUGAUCACAGGGAGACGACGCUAUCAAAAGGCAAAAGUGUCAAACGGACCCCAUGCUGACAUGCAUUCGGAGACGUAGCUUACUAUAGAGGGCAGCUUGGAAAAAACUUUCCUAAUUCUCUCGUUUAGUUCAGCUAGCAUGCCACACUAGAUAAGUAGGCAGAUUGGAUCAAGAGUGACAUUGAAUGAC